CUGUGUGCUGCUCCUCCUCUUCCUCUGUGUGCUGCUCUUCCUCUUCCAUGAGCUCCGGUUCAAAUUAAGGCUAAUGAAGUUGCUCAUCACUGUUUUGGCUGGAGGAGCCAGGCAGUUGGACUACACAUUAUUUACCCAGAAUGCAUUGCAGUGUGAAAAACAUGGCGACAUUCCUGUGACAAUAUUUUAUUAAAAUUGAUAAAAAACUAAAUAACCUGCAGUAUUAUUACUGUAUUGUUUUUGCAUCUAAGAUGAAUCUUUUCAAAAUAAAGUGGAUUGUUACAGCUAAUUGUGGAUCCCUUUAACCACAAACAUUUCCAGAAAAGUCGAUUAAAAUCAUUCAGAAAUGUCCGAAUGCUGAUAAAGAUCCUGCACACGCAGGAACAGUCGGUCCAACCCCAAACUCCCCGGAUGUUCCCAGUUCAGCCUGAGUGUCUCCGUCUCGGAGACGCCUGGCGUCCGUCCUCCACCCUCUGAUAAGACCAAACCUUUGAGCCGUUGAUAAGAACCAGCCGACCCGGCGGUCCUCGGCCCAAAGACGAGCAGAGGAACGACUGGGAGGACGGGAGGAGACUUGGACUGGUCCACCAGGCGGAAUGGAGGUGACUGGCAGAACCCGGACCGCCCAGGUCCAACAGCAGGUUAGUCCAUCUAGACUGGUUCUGGUUCUGGUUCCAGUCUAGUUCUGGUCUGGUUCUGAUCUCUGCAGGUCCAGCCGGGUCCAGAGGCAUCUCGGUCCGAGUCUCGGUGGAGGUCGUAUUCUCGGAGCCGCUGGAAGCAGCGAAGCAACGUGCUGACAGGUGAGGUCAGGUGAGUUGGGCUUGUCGUGCCUGAGGACCGGCUGGUGGACGUUUCUGUCCUCAUGUCCAGGUGUUCACCUGGAGGCCAGGUACACAGGUCUGGCUGAUGAAGAUGAGACAGACACGACUGCCAAACCCCAGCAGCACCUGGACAAAAAACUGCUGGACCACUUCAGACAUCUGGCAGCCAGCAACCAGGACACCGACCAGGUGAGACCAACCAGGUGAGACCGACCAGGUGAGACCGACCAGGUGUUCCGCUUGUGUCUCUGUGUUCAGGUGGACCUCCAGUUUCUGGACGAGGUGAUCUCAAGCGGCGCCGACCCAAACUGCUCAGACAGAUACGGACAGACUGUCCUUCAUGAGGUGUCCAGAGCGUGGAGCGUAGAUGUGAUGCGGUUCUUCUUGGACCGCGGAUCGGAUCCGCUGGGCUCGGAUCGGUUCGGAGUCACAGCGCUGCAUGUGGCCUCGGCCCUGGACUAUGAGGACAUGGUCCAGUUCCUGCUGGACCGGGAAGCCGACCCGAGUGCCCGGACUCUUCUGGACCAGCAGACCCCUCUUCACUAUGCCGCCAAGAACGACGCAGUCCGAUCCAUCAAGCUGCUGCUGCGCGCCGGCGCCGCCAUCGGCUGCACCGACUACAAGCAGCGGACGCCGCUGCAGCUCGCAGCCAGCAUGGAGCGCAGUGAAGCAGCUCAGGUUCUACUGGAGCUUGGAGCGAACGCUGGGGUCAAGGACUCUGACGGACAGCUGUGCAUCUCUGCUCUGAUUGGUCGGAUGAGUCAUGUGGCUCAGGAGGCGCUCCGUCAGUUCCACGUGACGGACAGAGUGACGAGACAGGAGUACUUCUACCUGAACCUGCUGGAACCAGAGGAGGCUGGCACACCUGGGGACCCAUCAGGUGCAGGAAUCAGUGAGCCAACCACCCCACUGCAGGUUGUGGUUCUGCAGGGGAAACUGGACCUCAUCAUGAAUCCCGUCUUUCUCAAGCUCAUUGAGAUCAAAUGGAAACUGUAUGGCAGGUUGGGGGCGUGGCUUCUCCUUGUCCUCAACUUCCUGCUCAAUGUUUGUUGGACGACUGUCGCCAUUUCUAUGUCUGCCUGCCGAGACUCACCUGAUCGUUACACCUUUCCACAGGACUGGUGGCGUGUUCUGCUGGUGGUGCUGGCGCUCCUGCUGACCCUGGAGGAGGUGUUCAGGGAGAUCCAGGACAUCGUGUUGUCGAGGAGGAAGCUCCACCUGCGACGGAGGUGGAUGGAGCGCCGCUUCCAGGACGACCUGUGCUGCUCACAUCCCAUGUGGCCUCAGGAGAGACAGUAUCUUCUGAAUCAGACUAGGAGGAUCCACAGAAUGAGGGGCAACUACAGCCGGGACCGCUGGAACAUCUUUGAUUGGCUGGUCUACUCUCUGCUGACGGCUUCCUUCUGCACUCACUUGGCCGACGUGUUGCAGCCAUCCAUCCUCCUGCACACUCUCAGUCUGCGCCUCUUCUCCAUGUCCAUCAUCUUCCUCUGGCUGCGACUCAUGAAGCAUGUCCGAGCCUUCAGGUUAAUGGGGCCCUUCAUCGUCAUGCUGGGGAACAUCGUCGGGGAUGUGAUGUGCUUCCUGUUCCUGUAUGCUGAGAUCUUCAUCCCCUACGCCUGCAGCUUCUGGAUCAUAUUCGGAGGAAUACCCUCCGUUCCCAGCAUGCAGUCUGUCUCAGGUCUACUCUACAGCCUCUACCGGAUCACUCUGGUGGACGAGUACGAGUACGCUGCCAUGGUAACUGUGGACAACAUCAUGGCUCCUCUACUGUGUGGAACAUUCCUGGCAGCGUCCUCCAUCUUAUGUAUCAACCUGCUGAUUGCACUACUAUCUGACACCUUCCAGAGGGUGCAUGAUAACUCCCAGGCUAACGCUGUGAUGCAGCAGGCCGCUGUCAUCCUGCAGGUGGAAGACUCCAUGCCCCGCCUCCAUCGUUUCUAUGACAACCAGUACAUCUCCAAGCACUGCUCUCCACUGGGCGAGGCCUGCGAUAACCUUUCAGUGAGCUCCUGUUACCACCAUGAGUUUGGACACGUCACAGGACAGGUUAGGGAGACUCUGGACCAGUUCCUGGUCCUUCAGAGGGACUUGGAGACAGCCAGCAGUUCAAGAUUCCCAACAGAACAACACCUGCAGAACCAACCGCUUCAGGUCCAGGAGAACCAUGAGCUUCAAGUCCUCCCCAUCCAAGAGUCUCAGACACCUCAGGAACAGAAGCUUCAAGGACCAAAAAAACAUCGCAACCAGGGCCAGGAGAGCCUAGAGAGACAGAACCAGCAGGUCCAGGAUCCCAAGAACCUGCAACAGGAGCUCCAGGCCAUUCAGACAGAGCUGAAGGAGCUUCGAUCUCUGGUCCAGCAGCUGCUCCCCAUCAGGAAUGACUUCGUUUGAAGACACUAAGAUCAUUUGACACCAGCUUGAACCUGGUAUCUAGUCUAUGACCUGAGGAGACAUUUAUGGACUUCUUGAUGAACCACAAAGGUCCAUGUGGACCUUCUGACUCAAAUGUUCUUGAUUUCAAAUGACCAAUAAAGACAGAAUGAAGAAAAUAUCACAUAAUGAAGCAUGUUUUGAAGUUUGACUUAUGAGGUAAUGCUUCAGCCACGGCCACCAUGACGUCAGUGGCCUUCAGCUCGCUCUGCUGUUUCUCCUGAAAUAUGUUCAGCAACCACCUGAGAACGCAACAGCUUCUAAAUGUCCCAUGAUGCACCACACCUGCCCGCAGGAAACACGCCUGGAGAUCACAGGAAGGUGGAGAAGUCCAGUCCAGAGGACUGUGGUUCUGGUCCGGUUCCAGUCCAGAAGACUGUGGUUCUGGUCCGGUUCCAGUCCGGAAGRCUSUGGUUCUGGUCCGGUUCCAGUCCGCAAGGCUGUGGU